AUGUUCCCGUACUUUUUUUUUUUUAUAGCCUGCCAUUAUACAUGCAUGACCUGCUUUGGUCCAGCUCUAAAUAAUUAUCUAACAUGUGCCUCUAGUAAUAAUAGAGAAUUUAAGACUAAUAGGUGUGUCUGUCAAUAUACAUAUAUUGAAAAAGCAAUCGGUGACCCGAUGUGUUAAAGUUGCUCAUAUCGUUGUGCAAAUUGCAGUGGCACAAUUUAGAAUUGUACAUCUUGUCCACUUCUCUCUCUUAGGGAUCUAGGAAAUAAAAAUUCUUGUUCUUGCCCAGCCAAAACAUAUGAUCAACCUGGCAAUCCAAUCUGCUUAGUUUGCCAUAGCUCUUGCUAAAAGUGUAAUGGUGAUAAAUCAAAUUAAUGCACAUCCUGUUAUACUUAAAUUAUGAGAAAAUUGGAUCCUUCAGGAUCCUGUUCUUGCAUGAGUAAAUACUAUGAUGCCGGAAGGCCUGAAUGUACAGGUAUAGGUCAAAAUAAUCGUUAGCAUGCAGUGCGUAUUGCUUGGAUUGUACAGCUACUGCUGAUAAUUGCCUAUCUUGUAAAACAGAUAGAUACUUAUAAGGAAAUGUUUGUAUUUGCAAAACUAAGUCAAACGGAGUUACCAUUAGUAGUUAUUAAAUUUUAGGCAGAGUUCGCUGUCAAAGUUGCCAUUAUUCUUGCUUAAAUUGUAAUGGGCCUAAAUCUAAUCAAUGUACACAAUGCUUGGCUAGUGAGAAGAGGGUUUUAUCAAAUUCUAGUUGUCCUUGUUCUCCUCAUUAUUUUAAUAUUGGCAAGCCAAAGUGUUAAUAAUGCAAUUAUAGGUGUGAAACUUGCGCAGGAGUAGAGACUACAUGUCUAUCUUGUUAUCAAAACUCUUUUAGAAUCCUUAUCAACUAGAAAUGUCUAUGUUAAGAGGGAUAUUUUGAUAACGGAUCUAAUUCUAAAUGCUAAAAAUGUCACUAUUCUUGUUUUUAAUGCAGCUCUGCUUUUACAAAAUGUAUUUCAUAUGCUAGCUUGUAAUUGUUUGGAUUCUUAUUAUGAUGCUGGAGAGGAAACUUGUGCAAAAUGUCAUUAUUCUUGUUUUACUUGUAAUUCCUCUGGAUAUAAAUUUUGUCAAUCUUGCAUAGAAAUGUCAACUUCCUUCAGAGUAUUUAAUUAAGGAAUAUGUCAAUGUUUACCUGGAUAUUAUGAUGAUGGAAUUUCUCCUCAUUGUCAUCAAUGCUAGAGUUAAUGUUUGACUUGUUAAAACAAUGCUGAUUAUUGUACAUCUUGCGAAGUUACUUGA